AGCAAACUGAAAUCAGUUCGUCUCUGGUUCUCCCUGAACUUCUGCUGGUAUGGUUACUCUACGAUUAAAUCUCCAUUUGGUGUCUUCUCUUUGAAGUGUCCAUGCACCAUGCACUAUUACAUUAUUCGAUAGGCGAGCAGUUUUUUCCCAUCAUGACCAAGAACUACGGUGAACUCUACAACGUCCUCGGCUGGGGUGACCCCUACUUCGCGGUGAACGCGGAGGGACACCUCUGCGCCAGGCCGCAUGGCCGGGAGACGAUGCCCGGGCAGGAGAUCGACAUCCACUCGGUCAUCCUGAAAGCUUUGGAGACCCCCACCAAUGGCGGCAAGAGCAAAGCCCAGUUCCCCAUGAUCCUCCGCUUCCCCGACGUGCUCAAGAAUCGCCUCGACUCGCUCCACGCCGCGUUCAAGGGCGCCAUCGACAGCUUGGGGUACACGUCCAGGUACCAGGGCGUGUUCCCGAUCAAGGUGAACCAGAACAAGGCCGUGGUGCAGGACCUGGUCGCCUUCGGCUACGACGAGAGCUACGGGCUCGAGGCCGGCUCCAAGCCCGAACUGCUCAUCGCAAUCAGCUGCCUCACCAAAGCCAAGCCCGGAGCUUACUUGGUCUGCAACGGCUACAAGGACGCGGACUACAUCGCGCUCGCGCUCUCGGCGCGCGCCAUGGGCCUGAACACCAUCAUCGUGCUGGAGAUGGAGGAGGAGCUCGACAUCGUCAUCGACCAGUACGAGAAGCUCAAGCUCAAGCUCGGCGACAAAGUUGAUUUCGAGCCGGUCAUCGGCGUCCGCGCCAAGCUCCUCACCAAGAUACCAGGCCACUACGGGUCGACGGCCGGCAAGCACGGCAAGUUCGGGCUGCUCGCCGAGAGGAUCUACGCCGUGGCCAAGAAGCUCAAGGAGGGCGGCAGGCUGCACUGGCUCAAGCUGCUGCACUUCCACGUCGGCUCCAUGAUCCCGACGACGGACAUCGUGUACAACGCGGCGAGCGAGGCCGCCGGCAUCUACUGCGAGCUGGUGAACACGUGGGGCGCCGAGAUGACCACGCUGGACUGCGGCGGCGGGCUCGGGGUCGACUACGACGGGACCCGCUCCGGCAGCUCCGACAUGUCGGUGGCGUACGGGAUCGAGCAGUACGCGUCCAGCAUCGUGCAGGCGGUGCGGCUCAAGUGCGCGUACCAGGGCGUCGCGCACCCGGUCCUGUGCACCGAGAGCGGCCGCGCCAUGGCGUCGCACCACUCCAUGAUCAUCCUUGAGGCGCUGUCGGCGAUCCAAGAGCCGCAGGACGAGGACACCUCCGAGCAGCUGCUGAGCAAGAUCCAGGACCUCUCCUCGAAGCACCCCGGCAGGGCCACGGCGGCUAACGGCGGCGGGGCGUUCGAAGGCAUAUACUCCCACGCCGCGGAGCUCAAGAAGCACGGCAUCGAGAUGUACAAGCUGGGCAAGAAGCUGAGCAAGAGAAUCGUCGGCGACGCCAACCCCAUCUACAACUACCACAUGAACCUCUCCGUCUUCUCGCUGGUGCCCGACUUCUGGGGCAUCAAGCAGCUCUUCCCGAUGAUGCCGGUGAGCCGGCUCAACGAGAAGCCGGGGCUCAACGGAACGCUCGUGGACAUCACCUGCGACAGCGACGGGAAGAUCGAGAAGUUCAUCAGCGGCGGCGAGACGCUGCCGCUGCACCCGCUGGGCCCGGAGCACGGUGGGUACUACGUGGCCGCGCUGCUGUCCGGGGCGUACCAGGAGGCCCUGUCCUGCAAGCACAACCUGUUCAGUGGCCCGACACUCGUGCGUGUCAAGAGCAAUGGCAAAGAUGGUGGCUUCGACAUCGUGUCCGUCGACCUGGGCCCGACGGCGGAGGAGGUCAUCGCCACCAUGAGGUACAACGUUGAGGAAGACAUCAGCAACGUCAUCCAGGAGCUCGCCAAAACCAAGGAGGUGUGGGAGACGGUGGAGCCGCUCAUGACCAAGGGGCUUACCACCAUGCCCUACCUCAAUGAAUACGAGCCCCCCAAGACCAUUACUUGAGCUUCUGCAGCCUGCAGGUAUCAAAUCACGGGUGCUCAUUAAAAAUUCCGUAUUGCCUGCGAUCAUAUCUAUCUAAAAUAAGUGCCUGGUCCAUGAUGAAUGGACGGGCAAAUGAAGCAGUCUAUGUAUGAUUUCCCCUACUUGAGCUUCCUGUGCUUUACUUGCUUCGUGUUGUACGGUAUUGUGUUAUCCAAUAAAUGAACAAGUUCACGGGUUUGGUUUUUAUAAA